AUGGCUCUGGCCUGCCUCGUCUGCCACGUCAAGGAUAGACCCUCGCGCUCGUUGAGCGGCGGCGAGACCAGGUGCCCUCCAGCCAUCGACUGCUUUACCAGGAGGAAGAUGCCCCCCUCCUCCUCCAAGGUGGCCCCUCACUCUCCCCAGCCGGUGCGCCACCAGGGUCCGCCCGGUGGUCCGCGGCUGGUCCGGAGCCUAGCCGUCUCGAGAGACCUCGUCAGGGACUGGAAGUUCGACGAGAACACUCCGGCGGAGGGUUGA